AUGGAGCUCUCUGCCCUUGCACCGCUUGGAUUUGCGAUCCCCAGUUGCAACCGCCUGGCAGAGCAGUCGCAGCCGCCCGUGUCACAUCGCCGAUGUGAGGAAAGAAGAAGCCAACGUUCCAACGCGCAGUCCCUGUGCUUGGCUUCGUUGGCUGCGGCAGCAUGUGUGCGCACUGCUGUACGAAGACGAGCCUAUGGUGGUGGCUAUGGUGGGGGCGGCCGCAUGAGUGGAGACGAACAAAGACGACAUACCGAGAUGAAGCGAGAAAGGGAGACACAGCAGUUCUACAUGUUCCAAAGACAGAUCAUUAGCCGUGGAGGAGUGGUUCCGAGGGAUGAUGCGCAGUGGGAUAUGCUGGAGAGCAGAAUUUUUGGCCAAAGUCACGUGACAGCCGGCAUAAACUUCGCCAAGUACGACAACAUUGAGGUUACUGCAGAAGGUGGGACUGGAAAAGAGCAGCCGAUUUCCUCGUUCCAGGAAGCAUGUGACAAGUACCAGCUGCCAGAUGAGCUGACAGCCAAUCUUGAGCGAUGUGGCUAUGACACCCCGACGCCCGUUCAGAAGUACAGCAUCCCCGCAGUGCUGGAAGGCAGUGACGUGAUGGUUUCUGCACAGACUGGCAGUGGCAAGACAGCGGCGUUCUUGGUACCCAUCAUCACCGCUGCGUUACAGGCUGGACCAAAGGAUCUGUGGGCUUGGAAAACAUGCAGCUUUUGGAACACUUGGUGA